CUUGCCGUGUGUGAAGAAACAUAAAAUGAAAACUAACUGCACUGGAGUCAGAGAUAAAACUGCAUUUGUUUCAUUAGAAGAUUUCAACGAAAUACAUCUUUUGAGUGAUUACAGAUUUCUUGAAGAUAUGGAUCGCUUGACGGACAACAUUUGUAGAAAAACUUUGAAACUUCCUCAAACAAGUAAUUUUUAUCUCUUUUCCAUGAAGGAAAAAGCCCGUAAACGUAAAAUAGACCUAGUAUUUUUACCUGGCGGGUUUUCUAAGAGAAAAGAAAACACCACAUGCUUUUCAAGGAAGAGUCAGAUGUUCUUUUGGCAUUUGAAACUUUCAUUUCCACAGGCUGAUGCUGAAUAUUCAGAGGAAAGAGUACCAGAUGACAAAACGCUUGCUGAAAUCCUAAAACAGUACAUUGACCCUAUUGAAUCUGAUCCAGUUCUGCGUCAGAGGUUGCAAGCCUAUGUCCAGUGCAAACCAGAGGAAGUAAGCAUCUUCAUGAAAGCAGAAAACAGGCGAUGCAAUUCACUCAGGUAUCACAAGCUGGAUAUCAGCAAAAGUCUGCUUGAAAACUUUAAAAACAAGAUCAUUAUUGAGUAUCCAACUUUAUACUUUGUGCAGAAAGAUCAUGCUGAGAAAUAUAAAGUAAUUUGCCAAGAGGAUCUUAUUUCUGAUGCUCAAAUGGCAGAAGGUAACUGGCAAAUGGAAACAAGGGAUAAAAACAGGACUUCUGAGCCCAACAGCAUGGAAAAGGUAACAAGAGAAAAAUCACAGACAGAUGACUUCAAAGCUUCUUUACAGAAUCACCAGGAUUUGUCUGUUCUACCUCCAAAGGUUGCAGAACUUCCACAAACUCCAGGGACAGGUCCCCCUCCUUCCUUCCAGAAUAACCAGAAUUUGUAUGCAACACCUUCCAGUAAUACAGGAUUUCAAGGAACAGAGCCUCCACCAACCUUUCAGAAUUACCAGCAGUGGUCUGGUCCACCUUCUUGGACUCCUCCUGCAACAGGUCCUCCACCUUACUUCCAGAAUCACCAGAAUUGGUCUUUUCCAUCUGGUCAGACUACAGGAUCGCCAGGUUUAGGACCUCCACCUCCGUUCCAGUACUGGUCUGCUCCACCUUCCCAGCUAGUGGGCCCUCCAGGAGGGGGGCCUCCACCCACAUUCCACAAUUAUCAGAACUGGUCAGUGCCACCGUCCCAAAUGGCAGGAGCAGGACCUCCACAACCCUUCCAGAAUUACCAGCAUUGGUCCACACAGACUUCCCAGACUACAGGAACUCCAGGCCCACCACACCCUUUCUGUAAUUACCAGACCUGGUCUGCUCCUUCCCAUAAUACAGGAUCUACAGCAGGAGGAGGUCCUCCAGCCCCCUUCCAGAAUUAUCCAGAUUGGUCUAUUCCACCUUCAACUCCAGGAAGAGAACCUCCUAGCUCCUUCCAGAAUAACCACAAUUGGUCAUCUUCAACUGCAGAGGAUAAGGGAAAUGCAGGAAAAGAACCCACUGGACCUAUCCAAAAUAACCACAGUUGGUCUUCACCUGCAAAGGAUAAGGGGAAUUUAGGAACAGGAUUUCCAGCUCCCAUCGAGAAUUGUCCAGAUCAUUCUGUGCCACUAUCUAGUAUAAAAGAAUCACAUGGAAAAGAGAGCAAUGAAAACGGUCAGCUUAAACUAAAGUCUACCAAUGGCUGCAGUCCACUUUCAGAUGGAAGUGAAACUGAAGAAGGAGAAAUUAAAGAUGAUUCAGACUAAAUAUGUUACUGUGGAGCUGCUGUAACAUACUGCAGGGCAAUCGUUUCUGAUAUUGUGGAAUAUGGCACAUGAAGUGCCACUUUGUAGUUUGCAGUGCAAACAUUUCACCUGCGUAAUUAAAUGGCAUAGUCUUUAAAAGUAUUAAUUAUGUGAAAUAUGUGUUGCUGUCCUGAUGUUCUGAGACAUACAUGGCAUGUCUUUGGCAUCCCUGAUGCAGUCAUUUAAAAUUAACUUGAAUUUUUGCAGCAAUCCCGUCUCCAAGAAGGCAGUGCACAUGCGCAUUAAAAAAGCAGGUGCCCAAAAAAAACAAAUAUCAGAAAUCACUGAAGAUGAAUUUUGUAUAGCUCUAAUAAAUACAUUAUUUUCCUGAAUUUUGGUUAUAAGGUUCUAAAUUUCAGUAAAUAUGAAGAGAUGAUUCGUCAGUGUUACAUUUCAUUACCGAUAAUGAAAAGAAAAUUCCACACGUCAGAAGAAACUUUUUUUUUUUUUUGUAGUACUGCUAUUUAAAAUGUAACUGCUUAUUUUUCUGGCAAGUACAUUAAGUUACUUCACUGGUAAUGCUGUCAUCUGUUAGUACAGCAACAUUUUGAAUGGGCUUACUGAAUUUGUAAGUGUACUGCCUCAUUCAUUCCUUACACUGUGCUAAGAACCAAAAGUAAUUAUCUGCUUAUAUUAUAGAGUUAAGGCCAUCUCAGAAAUACUGAGUACUGUUUUGUUUUCAUGUUGUAAACAAGACCUCUGUGCCCCAAAUAAAUGAAAUUGUUUGUGUUUCA